ACACUGCCCUGCGGCGUGUUUUUUUGCUUCCCUUGGGAAGGUGGGGUGAUGUGUGCCGUGUUCUCGGUGGGAUUAAAGCGAUUUCUUUUUGACGGACUACGUCCACUCAGUAGUUGUAAUGCUUGUUAUCUCAGUAUUUCGCAUUCACGACGUAUGUACGCUACUGGGAGUGAAACUAGGCUCGCCCGAGAAGUCGUUUACGAUCGAUUUUCUUCGUUGAAGCGGCUGCUAGAAAUCUCCCGUCGAGGGGAAUGACGGGGGGGGGGGGGGGGAAGUUAUUUAACGAUGUGGUCGAAGGAUGGCGUGAUUUUCUUCUUCUUCAUCAUCAUCAACAACAUCGGGAUUUUGGGACUGUAGUUUGCAAUAACGGGUGUUAUGUUCUUUCACCCUUUCUCUCCCUCCCCCCAAAUUGCGAAGAAUUCAUGAUUAUGCUAGAUGUUGGUUUCGCCAGCUAAUCCUGUUGCGGUGUACACGUUUAUAUUUAAAGCUAGUAAGUUUAAGACUUUUCUUCUCUCUCUCUCUUCUUUAGCCUCCCCUACCCCCUCUUUUUUGUUUCUCCCUUUGUUGCUCUGCUGUCCUUUUAGAGGUUAUCUACACUGCUCUUAUUCUUUCUUUCU